GAUACAAUAAGAGUGUGUGUUGAGACUAACGUUUCCAAGGUUUUGGGCGCGCUCCAGUUUCUCACUUCAACUUCCCGUUUCGCAUUGUGCGUCUCUCUGUCUCUCUCUGUGGUCUGGUCAUGCUCCAAGUGCCUUUUGGCUGGCCAUGACAAUUGUUUGCCUUUGGCUUAGAUCUAACUAGCCAGGUGAUCACAUAACAAGCACACACUUUUACACACGUACACAAGUGUUGUUUUUUUUUCUGUUUAUCAUGUUUCUCAAGCCAAAGAGCUUUGAGCAAACGCUGCGCGGUGGAAUUGUGCCCGCCGUGCCCGCCGCACCGGGCUCUGGUCUGAAUCCGUCGUUUCAUCGUGGCUGCACGGGCAAGGCGCAUGCCUGCGGCACCCACAAGUCACAGAAGGUGGCAACGCCAGCCAAGUCGAAGGCCACGCCCAAGGCACAGCGCAAGAAUAGCAUUAGCUCGGAGACGAUCAGUGAAAGCGGCUCCGAGAACUCCAGCAGCUGGCCAUCAGCAACGCAGGCUAUGGCUGCUGCUACGGUUUCUGCUGUGGCGCCACCCAAGCCGCCGCGUCUUGCUGCCACAAGCAAGCAAGCGACUCCCAAGGAAUCAACUCCCUUUACCCCUUCCAGUCUGGAGCGCAAUUCCAUGCGUUCGCGUAGCUUUCGCCACAACGGCAAGGUUAACACAACAGCAACUGCUACAGCAAUAGCAGCAGCAUCAACAGCUGCAGCAGCAACGACAACAACGACAUCAAUUCGACCGCCCUGGAAUAGCUCGGCGGUGGCUGCAUCCAAGUUCGCGGCAGUCGCCCCACCGUCGCCAGUGGCCAACAUACGCGGCUCGUAUCGGCGACGACGCGAUGCACAAAAUGCCGCUGCCCAGCACUGGUCGGCCAUCUGGGCCAAUGCGCUCGCCUGCAACUACAAAAACUAUGAUGCAAGCGUGAGGCAAAAGAGCCGGCAUGAGAAUGGUACAGGCGGCAUUGGAAAAAGCGCCAGCGAUGUGGAUGUGGAUGGUGCCACACAGCCGGAACAUGUGUGGCUGGUGCAUCGCGGUGGCUUCACCGCUGCGUUGCGUCUGCCGUCAAGCGGCACGCCACACGAGGAGCAUAAGCUGAGCGUGCGACUGCUGCACAAUGGCGAACAAUUGAGCGUUGAUGAGGAUGACAUCGAGAAACAGAACAGCACCGCCUUGGAUCUGGCCGAGGACAUCUGUGAGUUGAAGUAUUUGAACGAGGCGUCGGUGCUGCACUGCCUCCGACAGCGAUAUGCGAGCAAUCUGAUACACACCAAGGCGGGGCCCACGCUGCUCGUGGUCAAUCCCAUGGCACCGCUGUCGCUCUACUCUGAGAAGGUUGUAUCCAUGUUUCGCGGCUGCAAAACGGAGGACAUGCCGCCCCACGUCUACUCUCUGGCCCAGACCGCCUACAGGAGUUUGGUUGAAACGCGUCGCGAUCAAAGUCUAAUAUUCAUGGGGCGUUCUGGUUCUGGCAAGACCACAAGCUUUAAGCAUGCGCUCAACUACUUGGCGUUGGCUGCUGGUGCAUACAAUAAUUUUAUUAAUGCGGAAAAAGUAAAUGCGUUGUGCACAAUUCUGGAGGCCUUUGGCAAUACGAGAACAUGUCUCAAUUCCAAUGCGACGCGCAUGACGCAGCUGCUCAGCCUGGAUUUCGAUCAGACCGGUCAAAUAGCAUCAGCUUCAUUGCAGGUGCUUUUGCCGGAGCGACAACGAGCGGGCCGACGGCUGGCACAGGAGCACAGUUUUCAUAUAAUGACGCGACUAUUGGCGGGCGCUGCUGGUUUGCUGCAGAAGGAGCUGCAUUUGGAGAACAUCUCGUCGGAGGACAGUCAUCCGUUUGUAUCGUUGUCGCAACGACUCGAGGAUCGACAUCGAGCGGCAAAUGAUUUUAUGCGCACGGUUCAGGCAUUCGAGACGCUCAACAUUGAUGCAAAGGCCGUGCGUGGUAUUUGGAGCAUACUGGCAGCCAUUUAUCAUCUGGGCAUUGCGGGCAUAACGAGAAUGGGCACCGGAUCGACGGCUCGAACACAGUUUGCCAAUCCGACGGCGGCGCGCAAGGCGGCCAGCCUGUUGGGUGUUAAUCUGGAGGAUCUAUCAGCAGCUGCAUUUGGUCUGACCCAGCCCAAUGCAACGGGCGCCAGUUUAAGUCCCUCCAAAUCGCCCACCUCGGACGGCGGUCAGGAAUGGGCCUGGGAAUGUCUGGAAGCGCUCGUCAUUGGCCUCUACUCGGAGGCACUGGCCGCAGUGGUGGCUCUGAUUAAUCGCCAGAUCUGCACAUCGGCCCACACUAUUGCGUCGAUCAUGCUGAUCGAUACACCCGGCUUUCAGAAUCCGGCCAGCUGUGGCCAACAAGUGGGUGCCACGCUGGCCGAUUUGCGUCACAAUUAUCUGCAGGAGCGCUUACAAAUGCUUUUCCAUCAUACCACGUUGGUGGCGCCACGCGAUCGAUAUGCCCAGGAGCUAGUCGAGAUCGAAAUGGAUCAUGCUUCCGACUGUCAUCCGGGUCCGCUGAUCUCACUAAUCGACAAGGCGCCGCAAAAUCAUGUGGUGCGCUCGUCCCAGCGGGAUCUGCGCGAGCAUGAUCGUCGUGGGCUGCUCUGGCUUUUGGACGAGGAGGCCAUUUAUCCCAACUCGAAUGACGAUACAUUCCUGGAGCGUUUAUUCUCACACUAUGGCGAUCGGGAGCAUCACACAUUGCUGCGCAAGUGCGCCGGCCAGCGCCAGUUUGUGCUGCAUCAUUUGCAGGGCACCAAUCCGGUGUUGUAUGCCGUGGAUGGUUGGGUGCGGCACAGUCGCGAGCAUCCUGGCAUACGGAAUGCAGUGUCGCUGCUGCAGGACAGCAGUCGCGAGGAGAUCAAUCGCCUCUACAUUGGUUCACUGACGCGUGGCUCCGGCGCCAUGGUCUUCUGUGGCUCGUUUGCGGGUCUGGAGGGCACACAGUCAUUGCGUCGCGUUUCCAGCAUACGACGCUCCUUCACAACAGCGGGCGUAAAACGUAAUUCGAUAAUGUUGCAGGUGAAGUUCACAGUGGAUGGCAUCAUUGACACGCUACGCCGCACGGGCACCCACUUCGUACACUGCUAUCUGCUGCAACACAAGGCGGGCAAACAGGCCAAGUAUACAGCGAAUGGGUCGCCCAGCUCGACGCUGAGUCAGGCGACCACCGAGGAGGAGCUGGUUAAUGUGCCACUAUUAAGGAGUCAGCUACGUGGCUCGCAAGUCUUGGAGGCUGCUCGACUACAUCGUCUGGGUUUUCCCGAAUCUGUGCCAUUGCUGGAGUUUGUGCGUCGCUUCGGCCUGCUAGCCGGUGAGCUGGCUAACAACAAAGAUAUCAGCGUUGAGCAAAUCCUCGCUGUUAAUGAACUCGACAUUGCCAGCUAUCGUAUCGGACCAAGUCAGAUCCUCUUCCGUUCCGGCGUGCUCAAUGAACUGGAGGCAAAGCGCGAUGUCUUGCUCUCGGAUCGCAUUAUACAGUUGCAGGCUUUUUGUCGUGGCUAUUUGGCACGAAAAAAGAUGUCACAACGGCGAGUUCAGGAACUGGCAGUGCGUUGUAUUCAGCGCAAUGUGAAGGCCUUUCUGGCUGUGCGCGAUUGGCCCUGGUGGCGUUUGUUGGUUCGUGUAACGCCACUGCUCAAUGUGCACCGCACCGAGGAGCAGCUGAAGAUCGCCAACGAGGAGUUGCUCAUGCUGCGCACCAAGCUCGAGAAAAUCGAAUACGAUCGCAGCGAAGUGAAGAAUGAAAAUCAGAAACUGGAAGCCAAGUUAUCCGAGCUAACUGUGGAUCUGGCAGAGGAGCGUUCCACUGCGCAUAUUGCCACCGAGCGACUGGAGGCGGAGACUGGGGAACGUCUGAAGUUGGAAAAGGAACUUGGGGAGCAUCAGACCAAGGUGAAGAACCUGCAGGAGAUGAGUGAGAAGCUGGAAAUGGAGCUGAUAUGCGCCAAAUCCGAUUUAAACGGCAUAUCCGAGGACGAGGAUGCCGAACACGAAGAGGGUGCCGGUGGUGUUUACAAGUUAAAGUACGAGCGCGUAGCCAGAGAACUGGAGUUCACCAAGCGACGACUGCAGACACAGCAUGAGCACGAUCUGGAACAGCUGGUCGGGCUAAAGAAGCAAUUGGAGAAGAAGCUAUCCGAUGCCUACGAAGAAGUUGAGGAACAACGUCAGGUUGUGGGCCAAUGGAAACGCAAGGCACAAAAGAUGACCAACGAGAUGAAUGACUUGCGCAUGCUGCUCGAGGAGCAAAAUGCACGCAACAAUUUGCUAGAGAAGAAGCAGCGCAAAUUCGAUGCCGAGUGCCAGUCCCUGCAGGAUGCGUCGCGCCAGGAGCGACAGGCCAAGGAGCGCUACGGACGCGAAAAGGACGUCCUCCAAGCUGAGAAAUUUACGGUGGAACAAACGUUGGCGGACACACGUCUCGAUCUGGAGUUAAAGGAGGAUAAGCUUGCCUCAUUGCAGCGCGAACUGGAGGAGAUGACUUUUGGCGGCGGUACCGAGGAGGAAUUUGCACAGCUGCGUCGCUCCAAGAACGAAACGGAACGACGUGCCAAGGAGCAGGAGGAGGAGCUGGAUGAAAUGGCCGGGCAAAUACAGCUGUUGGAGCAGGCCAAGCUGCGUCUGGAGAUGACAUUGGAGACAAUGCGCAAGGAUGCGCGUCGAGAGUCGCAACAGCGCGACGAAGAGCUCGAGGAGGUGCGCGGCAAUAGCUACAAGAAAAUGAAGGCGCUCGAGUGUCAGCUGGAAACGGAGCACGAGGAGCGCACACUGCUGCUCCGCGAAAAGCAUGAAUUGGAGCGCAGACUCAGCUCCAUGGAGGAUCGCGAUCGUGUGGAUCGCGAUGCUGAAGAAGCGCUGAACCAAAAGUUGCGUCGUGACUUACGCAAAUAUAAGGCGCUGCUGAAGGAUGCACAAACGCAGCUGGAACGACUCAAGGCGGAUACGCCUGGCAAGACACUAAUCAGACAGUUGCGUAAUCAGUUGGAGGAUGCUGAGUCUGCACGUACGCUGGCUAUGAAGGCGCGUCAGACCGCAGAGGCGGAACUGACCGAGGUGCAGGCCAUGUUCGAGGAGUCGCACAGGGCUCGCAACGAUGCCGAGGAGCGCGCAAAUGCGGCGCAUCGCGAUCGCGCUGAACUGCAGGCUCAGAUUGAGGAGAACGAAGAGGAGCUGAGCGAGCUGAUGAAGAAGUACAGCGCCACCGUCAAGCAGCUGAACGCCGAGCAAAUCAACGUAUCCGAAUCCGAGUUCAAAUUCACCGAACUCGAAGUGGAGCGCAACAAUCUCAAAGAGCAGGUGGCCGAGCUGCAGCACAGACUGGACAAUGUGGAAAAUAUGGGUGAUCCCUCCAUGGCUGUCAUGUCCAAGCGUUUGGAGAUGCGCACCAAGGAGCUGGAGUCACGUCUAGAACUGGAGCAAGCGACACGUGCACGUCUCGAGGUGCAAGUGAGCCGACACAAGGAGUCUCUAGAGAAGCUGCAAAACGAAGUGACACAGUCGAAGAUGCGCGAAAUGCAAUCGCAGGAUGUGCUCAAGAAAUCGCAAAAGAGUUUACGCGACAUGCGCGAAGAAUUUAACUCGCUGUCCAGCCGUGAACAAGAGUCGUUGACGCGACGCAAGGACUUGGAGAAGAAAAUGGAGGUUAUGGAAUCCGAGGGCACGGCGCUAAAGAAUGACUUGCGUUUGGCGCUGCAGCGCAUUGCCGAUUUGCAGCAGGCCAUGGAGGAGGAGGGUGAGGAGGAGCUAAGCGAGAGUGAGGAUAGCAUUAGCUCGGUGGGCUCUAUUAGCGAUUUGGAGGAGCGUCUGCGACCCGUGCAUGCCAAGCGCAGUUCGCAGCAGUCGUUAAACCUGCCAACUCUCCCUCCGCUCACCACACGCACGCUGAUCUGCGAAAAGGACGACAACAGCCCUAGAAUAACAGUGACGUCGCCAUCGUCGCCACACAUACAUAAGCUGGCAAUGGCGGCUAAAGCCAUACCGGACUCCAAGCCGGACACAAAACCUGCAGCAUCCACAGCAGCAGCAUCUAAGAAAACAUCAACAUCAACAACAUUGACAACAACAGUAGCAGCAGCAACAACGACACCAACAACAACAACAACAAAAGCAGCAACAUCAACAAAGGUCCUGCAAAAUGGACAGCAAAUCGCUGGCUAAAAACACCCGUAAAAAAAGAAAAUAUUUCUGUUUCGUUUAGACGCUGCAGCUUGUACUUGUUUUAUUUUCUUCUGUAAUAUUAAUUAGUUUUGUUUUUUUAUUAUUUUUAUUUGAUUACUGUUUAGUUCAAUAUGUUUAACUAUUUAUUAUCGAAAUAUAGCUACAUAAAAUAAUAAUUAAAUAUAAUAAACAGAAUCGCAUAUGCAAUGCAGUUUCCAUUCAAUUGGAAUCGUAGUUAAUUUAAUUUGCGCGACAGUCCCUAUAUACAACAAAAAGUGAUUAACAUGUUUUAUCCUUCUCAACAAACAAAAACAAAAAAAAAAAAACGAUACACUAACGUUUGAUAUAUAAAACACUUAUAGAAUAUAAUCCAUUUUCCUAUAGCCAACUUAAAUGAAAUUAGUUAAACGCAUUUCAAAAUCUUAGACAAGUAUGCAUUAUAUGCAACAUAAUAAACGUUUUACUAAACUAAA